UUUUUAGACCACAUUUGACUGUGCUACGGUUAUUUCUGGCUCUGUGGCCAGGCAUGACCCCUAGCGGUGCUUGGAGGAAUCACACGUGGUGCCUGGGAUAGAAGCAGGGUUGGUGUCAGACAAGUGCCCUAUCCCAAACCUGCAUUUAUUUGCAAAGCAGCGCCCAAGUCAUCCCACCUAUUAUUUCCUGAUUUCGAAGUCUGUCCAGGAGACUCGCAAAACCUCUCUCUGUAGACACUGCUUUCACCUAAGGACAGAGGGGAAAUCCCAGCCCGCUCUGGGUGUGCCCACACCUGGAGCCCAGGCAUGGAGCCCGACGCCGGCUUGCACUCUCCUCCCUUGACCGAACCCUGCAUGGAAGUUGGAGGGAGCCCACAGGGCAGAGACCCGCCCAUCCCCCGGAGCCAGGGCCCCAGCUCCAGCCUCGCCGACCCGGACCGGUUUGGGGAUGAGCACAUCCAGGCCAAGAGGGCGAGAGUGGAGACCAUUGUCCGAGGGAUGGGCCUCCCUGCCAGCCCUUUGGGGUCAAGCAGCAACCCGGCCACCGGCGCUGGCCCGUGCUGCGUGGAGAAGGUCCGGGAGCGGAAGAGGAAGCAGAGUGUCCCCACGCAGCAAGGCCAUCUGCAGCCAGGCCCUGCGGGGGGCCGGGGCAGCAGGAAGAGGGGCUCUCGGGUGAGGGAAGAACUGCAGCUGCUGAAGCAGCAGCUGAGGCUCGUGCAGGAGCGCCUCCUGCCGGCGGCCCAGCCCAUCGGGCCCAUGAAUGGCUGCGGGACACGGCCCUGGACUCAGGGCGACAGUCGCUGGCAGGGUUUGAGCAAGAACCUCUCUAGGGCUGAAGAACGUGGAGCCUGUGAGCUGGGUGCCCAGGCCGAGGAGGCCAGGCUCCUGCCCCCCGGAGCACAGGCCCUGCUGGCGAUCCUGCGCAAAGAACUGAGCAGCGCCAUGUCCCAGGCCGUGGACUCUGUGCUACAGAAGUUCAACCGCUGCAUUACCUCCCAGAUGAUCAAGUGGUUCAGCAAUUUCCGUGAGUUUUAUUACAUCCAAAUGGAGAAAUCUGCUCGACAAGCAAUCUCGGAUGGUGUCACAAAUGCCCAGACGUUGGUGGUUCUCCGAGACUCGGAUUUGUUCCGAACUCUGAAUAUGCACUAUAACAAGGGGAAUGACUUUGAGGUCCCGGAAGGCUUCCUGGAAAUGGCCAGCUUGACGCUACAGGAGUUCUUCAAGGCUGUCUCCACGGGGAAAGACGCCGAUCCUUCCUGGAAGAAACCCAUUUACAAAAUCAUUUCGAAACUGGACAGUGACAUCCCGGAGAUUUUCAAGUCUUCUAACUACCCCCAGGAGCUGUUUCGAAAUUAAGAUCCCACCAAGUGACAUGGGACUGGCCAGGGUUCCCCUAGUUUGUCUUAAAGGGGAGUCAGAAAAACGGAAGUCAGCUUAAAAAAAGCAUCAUGUGACAUCUCUCCCCCCCCCGCCCCCAUGCACUCACACACGCUCACACACACCUCAGGUACUUGCACCAUUUCUGAUCAUUUAUUCCCUUUUCUAGAAUCAUCAGAGAUUUGACCUAUGCAUGCAUCAACCGUGUGUAUGGGCGUGUUGGUGGCGAGUGUAGAAGGAACUCAAGGGCUGAGAAUCAGACUUAAAUGUUCAUGCCACUGUUUCCAGAGUCCCGACCCCGGGAAUCUGCAGCUCUGUGUGUCCGGAUAAUGAGGUGGCGCAUAUUACAAGAUGAUGUGGGUCUGGAGAGCUAGGACAGGGGCUCAGGCGUUUGCCUCACAUGCAGUCCCCUGGGCUGAGUCCCUGGUUUGAUCCUCGGAACUGCACACUCCCCCGAGCAUCACACGGAGCCCUGAGCACCACUGGGUGUGGCUCCUCCCAAAACAAAACAAACAAAAAGACCUUCAGCAUCUGUGAAAUGACUCAUAACACAAAUAUUAUCUCCCACAUCCCUCCUUGACUUUCAGGUAAGGUGAUAGCAUUUGGGUUUUUCAGAAAUUGCUAUUUUCUAUCAUCCCCUAUUUACCUAGUCCCACCAAUCCGCUAGAGACUUUUAUUUUUUAUUAUCAUUAUUAUUUUUUUGCUUUUUGGGUCACACCCAGCGAUGCUCAGGGGUCACUCCUGGCUCUG